UUAGAAAACGAGAAGCCACAUUCAACCUACGGACGACCGCCACUAUUCAAGAUUAAUCAAACCAGCUCUACACCAUUAAUGAAAAAUCAAGUAAUAAAGCUUGUUGUUCCUAAGGACCGUCAGGAAGUAUUUUAUGAACGAAUAGGGCUCCAACAAUGGUAUUUACAUAAACACCUGGAGCGCACAACUGGAUGCAAAAUCCAUGUACGACGUGAAGGAAGUGAAAUGCAUGUUGUCAUAGAGGUAAGUAUAAAAUUAAAUUUAAGUAUUAAAAUUAAAAAAACUAGGUAUGUAUUAUAA